AUGCGUACAUUUAACGACACAUUCAUACUGUUUGGUAGUGUCUUCAACAAAGAUCUAUGGAUGACAAAGUUAGUUUUCUGUUCCAGUGCCAUGUUUGAAGCAUGGUGUCGAUGUAUUGUGUGUCACAUUUCAACUACUGAAGUGGAUGGUGCCACGAACUGUCCCCAGUUUGGAUGUAAAAGCAUUGGGCAUGUUUCGAUGCCGUUACAUGUCCAUUAUUCGACUGCACGAUACUUCGAACCUUGGAAUAGGUGA